ACAGUGUCCCGAGCGAUAAUUAGGAAGAAACAAAGAUUACAAACUCAGAAAGUAAACAAUUGCUAAUUUUUCAAAUAUCUGAGAAAGUUAAUUUUUCAAUAUUAGAAAUUUAGAAAAAAUAUUAUUGGGUCUGUUUUUACGACUGAAAGUCACAGUCAAAUAUAUUUUUCUAAUCUUAAAGCGCAAAAUAGAUGUAGCAUAAUUAGUCAUUUUAAAAAGUAGCAAAGUUUGUGCCUUAUAAUUAAGGUAUAUUAUCUUGUAUUUAACGUAUUGUUAAUACAAUAAUAAAUAUUUGAUUUAUAAAUAAAUCAAAAUGUUUCAAGUUAUGUAUCCAUUAUCAUACAAAUGUAAUGUGAUUUUUAUUUAAAAAGUGACAUAUUUUUUUCUAAAAUUUAUUAUCUGAAAAUUUAAUAUUUAUAAAAAUAAAUUUAAAACAUUUCAUUGAUGAAUAUUUUAUAAUCGUGAUUUUAGAAAAUCGCUGAAAUUUUUCUUGAAAUAUUGGAUUUUAUGAUGUGGUGAGUAAUAGUUUUUGAAAGUAAGUGAAAUCUAUAUUAUAAAUAGUUACAGAAUACAAGCCUUUUUGAUAACCCAAUCGAAUAUAUGAAACUUGAGCCACUAUAAAGAAUAAUGGCAGGUGAAGAGGUAAUUGUUAAUAGACGAUUGAGGAGAAAUAUUACAAUCGAUGGUGACAAUACAUCAGAGUUGGGUUUCGUAUUCGUAGACAGACCUGAAAAUGAUUUUGAAACUCACCGAGUUCUCAAUAAUUACCUGUUUGGAUUUAAAAAAUGGAAAAGUCAUGUGACUGAAAGACCGCUUGCCCACAGAUCAGAUAUCGUUAGAAAAUUAUAUAACGAAGGCUACGCAAUCGCCGACGAUUCAAAUACCUUCGAAGAAGAAACUGAUGAACGAACCUCUUUGCUAACUGAUUCUAUUGAACUGAAUAAUCAACAAUAUCAAAAUCAUAGCCCAAAAGCAUGGAACUUUUUCCAGUGCUGUAGAUCAAUUCCUUGGAAUAGACCAUCGACAUAUUUUUGGUUGAUAAUACCUGUACCAAUCCUAAUAAUUGUCCACUCUUUAGUAUUUCUUGUUAGUUGGACUUCAGUCAUAUUUAUUCCAAUAGCAAAAUUGAAUCUCAAAACUAUUCAGCAAAUUCUUUUUGCUGAACCUGAGAGACUAAAAAUUGAACAUUCUAGUAUCAGUGAAACACCUGAAACUGAUAUAAUUGUAUACAUUCAUCAUGCUGUUAACAUUUAUUACUACAAGUAUACUAUAGACGGAGUGAACGUUAUCGUUGCUAAUCUUUGUAUAUUCGUCGUUAUAGCUCUAGCACUUGGAUAUCUCGACAAGCACAAUAAGUAUAGUAGCGAAUUAACUAAAUUGAUUCUAGCAAUGUUAGCUAUUAUACCAUUGGCUCAUUACAUUGGAAUGGCUAUUACAUGCAUAUCGGCUCAAUCGCAUCCUGCUGUUGGUGCAGUUUUGAAUGCAACUUUUGGAUCAGUAGUUGAGAUUUCUCUAUACGUUAUCAGUCUGGUCAAAGGAGCAAAAUUAAAAACUAAAUGUUAUGUUGCUUUGGUCAAUUCUGCCUUAACAGGAACUUUAUUGGCUACGAUGAUGCUAUUUCCGGGUCUAUUUAUGGUAAUAGGGGGAUUGAAACAUAGUACACAAAGAUUUAAUCCAAGAGCAGCUGCUGUUAGCUCAACUCUGUUAUUUGUAUCAGUUGCAGGUGUCUUUGCCCCAACUAUCUUUUCUAAGGCCUAUGGAACGCUACGGUGUGAACAUUGUGUGAAUAGUAAUAGAACACUUGGUAACGAUUCCAAAUCAUGGCCCCUUAGUUGUUCAGAGUGCGGAUAUAGCAUAUUUGGUUUGAAUGGAAACAAUCAAUUUUAUUAUGAUCAUGUAGCUCCCUUGGUUUAUUCUUGCGCUUUAAUUUUACCAUUUGCAUAUUUUGUGGGUUUGACUUAUUCUCUUAAAACUCAUAGAGUUCAUGUCUAUGAUACAUUUUACGCUCAAAAUGAAGUCCCGGAGAAUAAUCAUUCAAACGUUCACUGGGGUAGAUUAAAAAGCCUUGCAGUCCUUUUAAUUGCUACUGUGGUAACAUCUCUUUGCGCAGAUAUAGUUGCUGAAAAUAUUCAGAUGAUUCUGAGCAAUUCCGGAAUAUCUGUGUAUUUCAUUGGAGUAACACUUCUAGCUUUGGUUCCUGACCUUCCUGAAAUUGUAAAUGGCGUACAGUUUGCCUUACAGAACAACAUAUCAUUAAGUAUUGAAGUUGCCAGUUGCAUUGCUGUACAAGUUUGUUUGAUUCAAAUUCCUAUCUUAGUCCUUGUCAAUGUUAUAUACGAUGUUGGAUUUUAUAUGAUAUUUCCUGAUGUUCAUUUAUGGACUGUUAUAUUCGCUCUCUUAAUGAUGAAUUACGUCUUUCAAGACGGAAAAUCAGAUUAUUUUCAAGGAAGUGCCAUGUGUCUUGUGUAUGUAGCUCUUAUUUUGAUGUAUUUUUUCGCUCCGACUCCAAAAGACACGGUUUGCUAA